AGCCGAUUGAUUAUAUUUCUUUUCCCUCUUUUCGCUACCACUACCAGGCCCCCUUUCCCCCCGAAAAACUGUAUCUUAUUCUUCAUUAGGUUUCUGCUUCAUUCAAAGAAAAAACGGAAAAAGAUGCUUCCUCUUUCCCUACUGAAAACUGCACAGGGUCAUCCCAUGCUGGUGGAACUGAAAAAUGGGGAGACGUACAAUGGACAUUUGGUCAAUUGCGACACUUGGAUGAACAUCCAUCUUCGUGAAGUUAUCUGCACUUCAAAGGAUGGAGACAGGUUUUGGCGAAUGCCCGAAUGCUAUAUCCGUGGAAAUACAAUAAAGUAUCUUCGAGUUCCUGAUGAGGUAAUUGAUAAAGUUCAGGAAGAAUCGAAGAGUCGUGCAGAUAGGAAGCCUCCUGGUGUAGGCCGUGGCAGAGGCAGAGGAGGUCGAGAAGAUGGUCCUGGUGGAAGGCAACCGAAAGGACCUGGGCGUGGGCUAGAUGACGGUGCUAAGAGUGCUGGUGGAGGCCGAGGCAGGGGUGGUCGAGGUAGUGGCCGAGGUCGAGGUUGAUUCGAUGCUUGCAACAUGCUAUUCCUAGAAACAGGUUGCAUUCAAAUGAAGUGGUUGCCUUAAGUGCCAAAUAUUUCAGUUAAUGAACUUUGUAUGUAUUUUGGUUUGUCUAUUAACUUGAUGCUCUUUCUUUGAUAGAAGUAAUAGCUUGCAAAGACAAAUUGUUGUUAAAUUUAUGGGUUGAAAAGAUUUUCGAACA